CGAAUCUUGGCCGGGGACUCAGACUGCGCCAUGGCAAGCCUCAGGGACCACGUCGAGCUGAAGGAGCAGCCCAGCUUCGUUGACAUUUCCCUGAAUGAGAGAGGGCCCCCCACCCCCUCCCCCUCCCCCCUCUCAAUAACAUGGCGCAAAGGAACGGUUGUCGCGGCCGUGUGCGCUGUUGCCGUCGUCGCUACGGUUGCCACACUUGCCGUCUUCGCUCAGGGUGGCGGCGCGGUUGCAAAGACGGAGCAUCCCCACCCGCACGUUUCCUCCGACCGGCAGAUGAUUGGUGAUGCUGCAGGUCUUAUGCGAGGUUCCACUGUCUUUAAGCAGUUGCUUUCGGGUUUACUGACAGCAACCAAAGAAAACGAGGCUGGGCAACAGGCAUCUCAGAAAACAGCUGAAGUCGGGCAGGAUAUUGCAGAGCCGGAAUUCAAGGAGGAGCAGGUCAAGCUUGAGAACGACGAAGCUUACGAAGGAGGGUCGCGUCCUUAUCCUCCAAGCCGCGUUCAAGCUUCAUUUGUCCCUCCUCCUGAUGACCCGAACUUCAAACAGGAGGUCGUCCAGCUGGAGAAUCCUACCGAGCACGACCAGCCGAGGGCGGGGGAGAAGAAGGAAGCGAAGGAGGAGGAGAGGAAAAGAGAACAAAGAGAUACUGCAAGUAAAGUAGAGACUGGUGAGGGAGAAGAGGAAAGUCACGAGAAAAAGGUGGAGGAGCCCGCGGAAAAGGUGGAGAAGGUCGAGGAAAAGGUGGAGGAGCCCGCGGAAAAGGUGGAGGAGCCCGCGGAAAAGGUGGAAAAGGUCGAGGAAAAGGUGGAGGAGCCCGCGGAAAAGGUGGAGAAGGUCGAGGAAAAGGUGGAAAAGCCCGCGGAAAAGGAGACUCACGCAGAAAAGGUGGAGAAGCCCGCUACAGAACUACAGUCACCUCACAACAAAGAAUUCGUAGUGUGCGAGACGCCUGAGUGUGCAGUAGCAGCCUCACAGAUCUCGGAGAGUCUUGACCUUUCGACGAAUCCUUGCGAUAACUUUUACCAGUUCGCGUGUGGAGGAUGGAUGGACAAGCACCCGAUCCCCGACUCAGGAGCCACCGGCACGUUCUACGAAGCAGGAGACGUCUUGACUAAACGUCUUAAGCUCAUCCUCGAGAGUCCGGUCUCACCCAGCGAGGCAGAACCCUUGCAUAUGGUAAAUCGCUUCUAUGAGGCUUGCAUGGACACUGAUACCAUGGACAGCCUAGGACUUCAGCCCUUAAUCACAAGCCUCAAUAACCAAGGUGGCUGGCCCAUGGUUACCGAUGGCUGGGACUCCGCCGGCUUCAACCUGGCUUCUGCACUCGUUAACCUUCGCGAUAUCAAUGUUUAUCCGAUCUUUGGCGUCGGCAUUGAUGCAAAUCUCUUCAAUGUCUCCGGCAGGGUUAUUUACGUGAGGAGAAAUGGCGGGCUUCCAAGUUUGCUUCUCGACGUGUCCCUGAGGAUUGCCAUGGCGCAGUCUGAGUCCCGGCCAAGAUUCGUAAAAGAUAACAAAAAAAUCGACAAUCUGUAUCUUAUCUCUAUGCUUCUAUCCAGUGUAUCUAAGGCAUGCUCGUCUCACUUAGAUGAACCGAAAAAGCAAAAUUCACCGGAAGAUGACAUUGAAAUACCUGCGUUGGCCUCUGACGCUUGGAAACUUGUUGGGAAAACUGCGUAG